AUGACUGCAGGAUACUGGACCCAUCACUAUAUCAAAUUUGUAGGCGCGAAUCUUGCGUUUUUUCUCUCUUUGUCUCCUAGUCGCAACUGGUCUCUGGCUGGGGAUGAGCUGCCACGUGUGAUUGGAUUGGACAAGCGUUUGGGCUGGAGGUUGUGUGGAGGUGGCCAAGGUUGCGCUCGGUCCUGUGAGCUUGAUUUGGACGAGUCUCGAUUUACUGGUCUUGGCUGUUGGGCAUUCCUGAUCUGGUGGAGCUCCACUCACUGCUCCCAGCUGGCCUCCGCGUGUUGGUUGUUCGUCGACUAG